CUCACAGCCAGGGCUGGGCCCAGCCUGGGGGAAGACCGGCGGGACCCAGCGUGUCCCACGGCGGCUGCGAGAGGACGAGCAUGGACGGCAGCCGGAGAGUCAGAGCAACCUCUGUCCUUCCCAACUUUGGUCCACCAAGCCUAUUUAAAGGACACUUGAGUACCAAAAGUAAUGCUUUUUGCACUGACUCCUCUUCUCUCAGAUUAAGCACGCUCCAGCUGGUCAAGAAUCACAUGGCUGUCCACUAUAAUAAAAUCCUUUCAGCCAAAGCUGCAGUAGACUGCUCAGUUCCAGUAAGCAUGACUACAAGCAUCAAAUAUGCAGACCAACAACGAAGAGAGAAACUCAAAAAAGAUUUAACCAAAUGUGAAAAUGAAUUCAAAAUAACUAAAAAUGUGAUGCAGACUAAUUCUAAAAACAAUUCCAAGUCAUUUUUUAAAACCAUGCAAAAGCCCUCAGGGGAACCACAGGAAGACGUGUUUAUAGAAGAAGUAAACGGGUCUGCAUCCUUGGCAAAGUCACUCGUCUCUUCCACGGAAGGACCACUCCCAGGUCGUCCUAGAUCGGGGAAGGUCCUCAUCGGCGGCGCUGAGAACUGCAGCUCCACCCCGACCUGCAUGGACCACACAGCCUCCCAGCCCCACAGGACCUCCUCUGGGCCCUUGUACAGCAGAAGGCCCAGAAGCACCUUUCCCAAUUCCCACCGGUUUCAGUUAGUCAUUUCCAAAGCACCCAGUGGAGAUCUCUUAGAAAAGCAUUCUGAACUCUUUUCUAACAAGGAACUGCCAUUCACUCCACGCACCUUAAAAACGGAAGCAAAAUCUUUCCUGUCUCAAUAUCGAUACUAUAUGCCUGCCAGAAGAAGAAAGGGCUUCACAGACGAACAGGUAGAAGCUGAAACUCAGACUGAAUUUAGCAGCUUUCAUUCGGGUUUGGGGACAGCUAAGAGUAAGAACUUGACAAAUUCAGAAGGGAACAUACAGCAGGCAUCUAGUCGUUUGACACGCGAUACCGCAGUGGACAAAAGUCCUGUGUCUCGACAAGGGCCCAGCAGAGCUCGGGACGUGCUGGAGGGUAGUCCCUCCCGGCGCCUCUCCCCCAGCAAGGAAGAACUGUCGUAUCUGAGUUUUAUUGAAGAUAUAACAGAUGAAAUUUUGAAACUUGGUUUAUUUUCAGACAGGUUUUUAGAACAACUGUUUGAGCAACACAUAACACAGAAUAAACAUCAUCUGGAAGAGGAAAAAAUGCGUCAGCUGCUGCAUGGCUUGAAGGCCGACUUAGGCUGCACCCCCAAAGAGGAUCCACUAAAGCAGAAUGAGGCCAGUGUGUUGAAUCUGCUGGACUUCGAAAAGGCUCUGAGUUCUACACAAAAUGGAGUUAAAAGUGAAAGUGGAGUCAUGAUUGAACAGGAGCGUCAUGAAUACCAAACGGCUUUGAACAUGUUACUGUCUGCUCCGAAGGAGGAAGCCGCUCAGACAUUCUCCCCACCUGAAUUUUUUAUGCCCAUUCAUAAAUCAAAGUGUUCACCAGGGGUUAUUAUUCAGCAGGUGAAUAAAGAAAAAGAUCCUGAGCGUUCAGCCAGUGAUGACAAUGUAAGUGCUUCAGACAGCUUAACAGACCAAGAAACCUCUGUGAAUGUCAUUGAAGAUGACAGUGACACCGACAAGCUUGACACUUUCGAAGACUUUAGCUGCCUUAGCACAUCACUCUCGGAGUCUGUUCGCUUCUCCAGUGUCCGAGGUGACAGUAAUCAGGACAAGGAAUCACCAACUUCUAAGAUCAUGGAUAUGAGCAUCGAGGACUGUCCUUCAGAUGCUUGAUCUUCUGAAUAAAUAUACCAAAU